CGUGUUUUCUGCGGGGUCUUAGUGCCGGAGCGGCGGGGGAGCAGCGGCAUGGAGAUGCUGCGCCGCUCCUCCGUGUUCGCGGCUGAGGUGUUUGACCGCUCUCCCACCGACAAGGAGCUGGUGUCGCAGGCCAAGGCUCUGUGCAGGGACUACAUCCACUCCAGGCUGAACCGGGCCGGCAUCGGCUGGUCCAAGCCCGAGCUGGGGCUGGCGGCGGCCGGAGGGACGCUGGGAGAGGUGUCGGCGGUGCUGCUGUGGCUGGGUGACGAGCUGGAGUACCUUCGUCCCAACGUGUACCGCAACGUAGCGCGGCAGCUGAACAUCACCGUGGCAUCAGAGAACAUCGUAUCGGACGCCUUCCUGGCUGUUGCAGCAGACAUCUUCUCCACAGGUGUGACGUGGGGGAAAGUGGUCUCCUUGUACGCUGUGGCCGGGGCCUUGGCAGUGGACUGUGUACGCCACGGUCAUCCCGCUAUGGUCCACACUAUUGUCGACUGCAUGGGGGAAUUUGUUCGGAAGAGUCUGACCUCCUGGUUGAAAAGGAGAGGGGGCUGGGUGGACGUGACCAAAUGCGUGGUGAACACUGACCCCAGCUUCCACUCCCACUGGCUGGUGUCUGCUCUCUGCGCCUGUGGACACUACCUAAAGACCACCGUGCUGCAGCUCCUCAGAGAGAAGUGAAGACUGCGUCACAGACUGGUUUCUGGGCAGACGGGCCAGUACUGCACGGGAUAGCACCGCCACUGAAGCGUCCAUGGAGUUGGAUUAUGUUUACACUCAUUUGCACUGAGCCUUCUUUGAUGAGCACCAAGCCAUUUCACAGAUGCUUAACCCCCCCUUACCCCAUAGACUCACAUGUGUGUAUUUAUUGUUAAUGCUUGUCAUUUUUCCUGUAACAGCCUUCAAAUGUUGCUGCCUGUGUUGUAGUUACUGCUCUGCCUCCUAGUGGCAAAUAAUGGUCACUGCUCAGCAUUGAUGCGGAAGCGGAAAGUUCACCAGGAUCUUGAUGCCCUUUACGAGGUCUUGAUGAUCAAACAGUAUUUUAUCUAAUUAAGAUAAUGUGCACAAUUGAGUGCAUGUGUGAGUCUCUAUUUAACAGCUUUGUAUUUCCUAUCACAGUAGUUGGUGGCAGUAUCUUCCCAAAGCUUUACUUUCUACAUCAUUGUGAAUCCCAAUUGAAGGGAAGGUAAAGCUAAAUGUGCCAUAAAAUGUCGGCCUUCACAUGCUGGUGAGUUAUAUUAGAUGAGUAGUUUUCAUCUGCAAAUUUUCUUGUAAAAAAAUGAGUAAAUUAAUGCUCUGAUUUCACUGUUUCCUUAACUUACAGCUGGUUCAUUAAUCUACUGGUUAAAUGGAUUGAGCUUUUCCUCUUUUAGUUGCCAGUGGUGAGAGUGGUUGCAUCAUUUUAAUGCUCUAAUAUCUUAGAGAAGAGCAACCUUGUGUUAAUUAAGUCAAGAGGAAUAAAAUAUUUCAAAGAAUUCUGAAAAAAAUGACUUAAAAUCCUUAAUGAGUUUGAAUUGAAAUGUCUUUCUGCUUGUUCUUCACUGUUACCAUGUGUAUUAUGUUGCUGUACUUUCACUGCAGAAAUGUAAGUUACAGACUGUUUUCUGUGAGCACUUUGAUACAGUUGCAGUUUGUCAGUAGAAUUUAUUCCAUGAAUAAUUUCCCUUUCAUGUGGCACGUAGCAGUAUGUCGCCUGCAAUGUAUAUGUUUGUCAGUCAUCUGCAAUUGUAAAUAUUAACAUUAAUAAAUGGUUCUUUAAACAGCCUUCAAACAACAGAUUUGGCUUUGCAGCUUUUUUUCAGCUUUAAAGUGUUUUAGAGUCUUCAGUCAAAUAGCAAUUCAUUUUGCCACUGACAGUUGAAUGUGAAGUUUGAUUGUACAUUUUGAAUUAGAGGUUUUAAUAUGCAAUGUGGGAUAAAUGUAAAGCUGCAUUUAUGUUGUUUUCAGUGUUCUGAUGUUCACUGGAUGAUUGAUGCGCGUACCAGAUUUAAGGCAAUAUGCUGGCACUAUAAAGGCGAUGAUAAUGUUCAACUUGCUUUAGGAGUAUUA